AAAACACCAGCGGUGCCGACAGCAAUCUCUGGGUUCGACCGCGAUAAACUACCAGAAAAGAAACCCGGAGCGUUUAAUACUAAACCAUAUCGCCGCCACAAAGUGCCAGUAGUCUGUCUAGGUUUGUUUAAUCAAACUGUGAGCAAAAUGUCGUUGUUCGGUAAAAUAUUCGGCAGCAACAGUAAGGGUGGCAAAGCGGCGACUCCCCAGGAGGCUAUCCAGAAGCUCAGGGAAACCGAGGAGAUGCUGGCGAAAAAACAGGAUUUCUUGGAGAAGAAAAUUGAACAGGAGCUCAUAACGGCAAAGAAGAACGGCACCAAAAAUAAACGAGCGGCUCUACAGGCCCUGAAGAGGAAAAAGCGGUACGAGAAGCAGCUGACUCAGAUUGACGGGACGUUGUCCACCAUCGAGUUCCAGAGGGAGGCUUUGGAGAACGCCAACACCAACACAGAAGUCCUCAAAAACAUGGGCUUUGCUGCUAAAGCCAUGAAGGCCGCGCACGAAAAUAUGGAUAUCGACAAAGUAGACGACCUCAUGGCAGAGAUCACAGAGCAGCAGGAAGUGGCUCAGGAGAUCUCAGACGUCAUCUCCAGACCAGUGGGAUUCGGGGAAGAUUACGAUGAGGAUGAGCUGUUGGCUGAGCUGGAGGAUCUGGAACAGGAGGAGCUGGACAGAAACCUAUUGGAAGUCAGAGGAGCAGAGGAUGUUCCUCUGCCCAGCGUACCAUCCACAUCUCUUCCAUCCAAACCAGCCAAGAAGAAGCAGGAAGAAGACGAGGAUGACAUGGCGGACCUCGAGGCCUGGGCGGCUAACUGAGCCGGCUCUCGCCGUGGGCCAGCUGCUCCGCCCUCUUCUGCCAAUUCUUUAGCUGUCAUGCUGCUUUCAGACACAGGGAGGGGAGAUGGAGGGGGGGGGGUACUGCCCUGCUGAACUGCUGCUCUGUCUUAAGGCGUACAUCCAAAAUACAAUCCAUACCACAAACCUCUAGCUGUGCACAUGUUUGCUGAUUAAAACAAAGUGAACCCAGGCUUUUGUCCUCAGAUUGAUUUUCCUGACAGAAUCUCUUUGCUCUGGCUGUCUUCUACUUUUUUUCUUCCUUGUUUUGAGCAAAGAGUAAUAAUAUAGCGUUUUUCCUAUCAGCCUGUGGUUAAGUUUACAAGUAAAUCUAUAUGAGAAAUGAAGAACGGAGCACUUAGCUGUCAGGGAUGGUGGACAGAGGAGCAGGACGAGGCUAAUCUCUGGAGAACGGGAGGAAUCAGAGCCUCGUGCGUUCUCUGGCUCAACACAAAAAUGGACUAUCUACAGAAAAACAUCAUAGGACUUUGUUACUGAAAUGUUACAGAUUACAGAACAAGGAUGUUCUGGUGUCUUGCUUUGCUGUAAGAAGGACAAAUCCUGUAACACAAGGACACAGGGUUCUCUCUACUUUUUCACUUUCAGCUUAUCACUCCAUCUUUGGGGAAAAAUAAACUUCUGGAUGUACUUAGUUAAUUUUCCAAUGCAAGUUUUGGGUGUGAAAUUUCUAUAAUAAAAUAAAAUAUGUUCCUAUA